CAGAUGAGCGUGGCUUCCUUUGGGUGGAAGAGGAAAAUUGGUGAGAAGGUCUCUAAGGCCACCUCACAGCAGUUUGAAGCUGAAGCUGCCGAUGAGAAAGAUGUAGUUGAGAAUGAUGAAGGAAACUGGCUUCAUGCCAUUAAACGUAGGAAAGAAAUUCUCCUUGAAGGCUGUGCUGAGAAAAGUAAACAGCUGAAGGAUGAAGGAGCCGAUCUGGCUGAAAACAAAAGAUAUCGGGAGGCAAUUCAGAAGUGGGAUGAAGCACUACAGUUAACCCCAAAUGAUGCCACCGUCUAUGAGAUGAAAUCACUACAUGCAGCAGAAAUGGCUGUCCAGCGAAACCCACAUUCAUGGGAGUCUUGGCAAACUUUGGGGUGUACUCAGCUUGGAUUAGGAGAGAUAGUCCUGGCAAUUCGAAGUAUUCAAGUAGCCCUUCAUAUCUAUCCGAUGAACCCUGAACUAUGGAAAGAAGACCUUUCUUGGGCAAGAACGCUUCAGGAGCAGCAGAAGGUAGCACAGAGAAUUAAGAAAAGUGAAGCACCAUCUGAAGGAACACAUUUUUCACCAAAGUCAAUUCCUGACUAUGACUUUGAAAGUGAUGAGAUUGUUGCUGUUUGUGUGGCUACUGCUGGCAAACAGAAGACCAUUUCAGCGAAUAAAACGAUGGUUAUUGUGUCAGCUUCUGGGACUGUUGAGACUGUAACUGAGAAGGAGGAUGGUGCUGCCCCACCAGAUGGCUCUGUGUUUAUCAAAGCCCGAUGAAGCAUAUGCAGAAAGGAAUUAUUUGAAUCUUUUUGAUUGCUACUAAAAGUUUAGACAUAGGGAUAUUUACUCUGGAGAAAGAAAGCAGAACUACUGUUUGUAUAAUAAGUUUCUCAGAUGAGGAAUAUAAAAACUAAAUGGUAGAAUUAUUG